AAAGAAAAAAAUUGAUUUUGGACUUUGUAACCUUUUUGAAAGUAAUUUUAUUUUCUACAAGUAGUUUUUGUUAAGUAUCUAUUUCGAAUUAUUUCGAAAUUGAAAAUACAAAAUGUUAACACAACCUAGUAGGCAUUUGUUUUUAUCAAAUCAGUUCCGUCGAUUACAAAGUACUUUGGUGAUAGCUGAACACAACAAUGAGGCAUUGUCUGCUGUUACUCAAAAUGCAUUGAGUGCUGCAAAAAAGAUAGGAGGUGACGUAUCUGUCCUCGUUGCUGGCACUAAAUGUGGACCUGCUGCCGAGAAGAUUUCUAAAGCUGGAGGUAUAUCAAAAGUUCUUGUUGCCGAGAGUGAUGCCUUCAAGGGCUUCACAGCCGAAUCCUUGACCCCGCUUAUAUUGGCCACACAGAAGCAGUUCAAUUUCACUCACAUAGUGGCACCUGCUACUGCUAUCGGAAAAUCUGUACUGCCAAGAGUAGCAGCUAAGCUUGAUGUGUCACCAAUAACAGAUAUCAUAGGUGUAAAAGAUGCUAAUACAUUUAUUAGGACCAUCUAUGCUGGAAAUGCCAUUCUAACUUUAGAGGCUAAAGAUCCCAUCAAGGUUAUCACAGUUAGAGGAACAGCAUUCCCUCCUGAGCCUUUGGAAGGUGGUUCUGCAGCUGUAGAGAAAGCUCCUGAGGGUGACUACAAGUCAGAUCUUACUGAAUUUGUUUCACAGGAACUGACCAAGUCAGAUAGGCCUGAGCUGACAAGUGCUAAGAAUAUUGUAUCUGGUGGGCGUGGUCUGAAGUCAGGAGACAACUUCAAGUUGCUUUAUGAUCUAGCUGAUAAGUUGAAUGCUGCUGUUGGUGCUUCUCGUGCUGCUGUUGAUGCAGGGUUUGUGCCCAACGACUUGCAGAUUGGACAGACUGGCAAAAUUGUAGCUCCGGAUCUAUACAUAGCUGUUGGAAUUAGUGGAGCGAUCCAACAUUUAGCUGGUAUGAAAGAUUCUAAGACCAUUGUGGCCAUCAAUAAGGACCCUGAGGCACCUAUAUUCCAGGUAUCUGAUUAUGGUCUGGUGGCAGAUUUAUUCAAGGCUGUUCCAGAGCUCACAUCGAAGUUGUAAAUAAUUAAAUUGUAAAUGUCUGUAGUGAAAUCAUGGAUGUUAUUUGUAUAUUUGUUUAUGCUGUGGAAUCACAAAUGUACCGAUUUUGAUUUUUCAGAGACAUAUACAAAUGUUAUUGAGUGUAUCAUAAUCUAAUAAUAAAAUUUUUUGAAUGUUGAUGUUGUCUUUAAUAAUGGCUACGACGAUGGCUUGUGGUCGUAGCCACAACGAUAUUAAAUACCUUAGAUACAACAAUAAGAACAAAAUCGUGGCCGAAAACUGUCCAAAAGGUACAUUGGACGAUCCACGGAGCUCCGUAAGAUGCUCGCGUUGUCAGUAAGUAAGACAUUAUUUAAACAUUGAAAGUCACCUUUAAUUCAUACUGUAUAAGGUCUUUAUUAAAACGCAUGUGUCAAAGAGUUAUGACAGUUGGAAAUGUAAGCUCGUAAACUUUUGCGACUUAUUGCUUUAUGCGGUAGAAUAUAGAUCUUAUUUCUUUGACUCUACGCGCAAUUCUAAAUGGUGCUGUUAGCAUAUAGCAGUAAGG